UUUAAUUUAAAGGUUAUAUAGUAGUUAAAUUAAAAGAUAGUUGUUGUCGGCAAUGAUAUACAUUUGUUUAUUAAACGAUUUUCUACAAUAGAAUAAACAUAAGUGUCAUGAGUGAAAAAUGCCAGGAAGUGGAUACAGAAACCGAUACAAUUGUAAGCAAUUACGCAGCCAAGAAAUCCAAAAGAAGAAUGUACCGCAUGGCGGACGACAGCUCGGCGGAGUGCCUCUUCGAGCGACUGCGAGUUUACCAGCAGCGGUCACAUGAUGCCACCGAAGUGGCCCGAAACAUCACCGCACGCAUCAACUCUCGCCUCACAUCUCACGACAAACAAGUACGCCAAACAACACUGGAGAAACUGUGGAAUAAGCAAACUGGGGCCAUUCCAGUACUCACCUCCAUUUUAGAAAAUACAAGAGAUCCUGCAACAUCUACGUACAUAACGUCGAUUUUAAGAGAAACGCUGUGUUUGAAGCAAGGAAAAGGAAAGAAGAAUAUAGCUGCAAAUGAAAAUCAAGGAAACAAGAAGAAAGAAAUCAAAAACAAUGGCAAAGAGAAUAAAGCACCGUUAAACAAGAAGGCCAACAAUAUCGCAAGACAGCAAUGUACACAACAUUUAAUAUCAAUAAAUGGGACUCAAGUUAUACUCCGGACCUUGAUCAAUACCCAGUGCAAGCGAGAUAGUAGUGUUGGUACAGAGUUAAUGGUUCUGGAUUUAAUAUGGAUUAUAGCUGCCAUAGCACCAAGAGACCCUAAAUUCGCAGUGAAAGUUAGAAUGAUCGGCUGCGUCAGAACAAUGCAUCUGAUAUUCAAAGGACAUUAUACAGACAAUAAGUUAAUAUUUCCGCUUUUGGUCAUUAUUAAACAACUAUCGAAAAAUGCAGUGACAACAUCAAUCCUGAUCCGCGACGGCAUCAUAGCAACAUACGAGCGCGUGCUGGUGACCCUUGGUUACAUCCCCACAGCCCGCUUACGACUGUGUCUCGACGCCAUUGAUUACUUCAGCAAAAAUAAGGUGUGCUGCAUGCAAAUAGUGAAGACUGGUCUCAGUGGCGUUCUCCUCCGAGUAUUCGACCGAUGGGACCGCUACGAAGGACGGAUGAGGCUCAAGAUAUGCGCACAUAUUCUGCAAACGCUCCAGCAUCUUUGUAAUAUCAAGGCAGGUCGUCGAGCGCUAUGCACGAAGAAGCACGUGCAAGUUCUCCACAGAUUCUGCUCGCAGUGUCCGGACGAGCCAGAGUUUGACGGGCUAUUAGCUCGCGUCUGCUCCGUCAUCACACUGUGUCUCAAGCAUCAAGCUUUGCCUGUGCCAACAGCAAGCCCAGCCUCUUUUAAUCUCAACCCUAUACUGAAAGGUACCAACGCCUCAUGGCCAUGCCACGAAGAUGACGAUGAGGGCGCAAAUUCUGACUCGAAAACUGUAAAUUCUGACGCAGAUGAUGACGAACCUGACGCAGAACUCGAGGGUAUAGAAGACAUUCCAGACAUUGACAUUGACGAAUCCGAUCUAAAACCAGAAAAAAGUAUUGAUUUGGAAAAACCAAACAUAAAAACCGGUGAAAGUGCCCAAAAUUCACUUUGGAUAAGUCCUAACGAGAGAGAUACAGAAGACUUAAAGCGAUACUACAUUUAUUUCAAAGAAUUCGGUUCAUAUAAUAGACAACUAAAACUAGUAAGGAGUCGCACUAGUUCUAGGGGUUCGAUAUUAGAAGAAUUACUAAACACGUCGUGCGGUAGCAAAAAUAUACCAUCUUCUAUGAGUCUCUCGCUGUGUUCCAUGUUGAGUAACACAGACUACGAACGCGUUUCGGAUGCUGGACACACAUCACCAUUAUAUCUUUGUUGUAAUAAGAUUCAAGAAACUAGUUCCCUGACGUCUUGCACAUCUCUGAAAAUUCACAAAGAAGUAUCAAAAUACAGUAUAUUUCAAACAGUUUAUUCAAUAAUCGCAUCAAAAGUACGCAGUGUGAUACCAUUUGUUAAAGUUGCGUACCCGGACAUGACUGGUGGUCAAAGUCUUAAUCAUCCGGAACCGCUUAAUAAAAUGGAAAGAGCUGCUUGCCGAACAAAAUUAUUAUCUUGUGUGGAUAAAGCUAUCAAUCCUGAAUCAUACUUGAACGAAGUGGUUUACGAUUUAGAUCAAUUAUGUAAUGCUGCUGCAACAGAAAAUACUACACAGAAAAGUACAGAUACCCUAUUGACGAAUACAGAUGAACAAGAAAUAUCAAAAGCUAACACAUUUCCUGCGCGUUUGAGUUUCGAAUCGAGAUUCGAAUCGGGGAAUUUAAGGAAAGCUAUUCAGGUAGGCCCACGAGAAUACGAAUUAAUUCUGAUGCCAGAUGUGAAUUCAAAUAAAAGACACCAAUGGUUUUAUUUCGAAGUCCGCAACAUGCAGCAAGGGCGGCCGUACAUAUUUAAUAUCGUGAACUGUGAGAAAUCUGACAGCCAGUUCAAUUUCGGUAUGAAGCCAGUUUUGUAUUCUGUCAAAGAAGCGGUUGCAGGAAAACCAGGUUGGGUGCGCGCGGGCUCUGAGAUCUGUUACUACCGCAACAGUUACCACUACGCGAACCAGAAGAGCCACAACAAAUGCUACCUCACCGUCACAUUCAACAUUGACUUCCCGCACACCAACGAUGUCUGCUACAUCGCUUACCACUUCCCAUUCACAUACUCUAUGUUAAUGACUCGUAUCUUCCAGUGGAGUUUACAACUGCCUAUUGGUGCGUAUCUGAGAGCGGAACCUCUUUGUUACUCACUCAACAACAACGAAAUUCCACUGCUGACAAUCACAGCAGACGACUGCACUGCUAACCCUAUUGUGGACCGAGAGAUAAUAUUCCUGACGGCGCGCGUGCACCCAGGCGAGAGCAACGCAUCGUGGGUGAUGGAUGGUACGCUGCGCUGCUUGCUGGGCGACACGCCGCCCGCCGCCGCACUCCGCGCUAAGUACGUCUUCAAGAUUGUCCCCAUGCUCAACGUUGAAGGUGUGAUUAAUGGCUGCCAUCGAUGCGGCUUAACUAAUGAAGAUUUAAAUCGUCGCUGGUGCAAGCCGAGCCCUGUUUUGCAUCCUUCAAUCUACCACACCAAGGGCCUUAUAGAAUAUCUGGUGCGUGUUUGGAAGAAGCCGCCGCUGGUAUUUUGCGACUACCACGGCCAUUCGCGCAAGAAGAAUGUUUUCUUCUACGGGUGCGCUGGCGCCGAGAGCUGGUCGAGCACCGACCGUCUUGCACCCGACGAGCCUGUCAAAUACCUAGAAGCUAAUUCAACAACAACAGAUUUCUUAUCAGCUUUUUAA